CAAUGAUGCAACAAUGGCAGAUUUCUCCUAGAUAAUAUAAGCAAUCCAUAAAACUUGCACUUCUCAUUACACCCAAUUUUUAAAGCAAUUUAUUUUCCAUCGCUUCAUCUUCAAGAUCAAGAGUAAUCCAACCGCCAAUUCAAUCCCCCCCCCCCUUUUUUUAAUAUUUUUCUUUUCAUUAUUAUAUCCUUGUUGAAUCCUCAAUUGUUUUCUUCUUCACAACCCAAAACCAAAUUUCAGUAUAAAGAAACUCUUUCAAUGGCGUCUCUGACCUCAAUUUCCCAAUCCCACACUCUUCUCAAAAAACCCAACUUCACACCCUCUAUUCCUCACAAUUUGUCUUCCAGUUUCACCCCUCGGGACUUCCUGUUUUCCAAAACGCAGUCGUUUAAACUCCCCCAGAUGGCUUCCCGGAGCUACGUCGUGUCGGCCUCGACGACGGAGACACCACGGAAGAGGUAUCCUGGAGAGGCUAAAGGGUUCGUGGAGGAGAUGAGGUUCGUGGCUAUGAAAUUGCAUACCAAAGAGCAAGCUAAGGAAGGUGAAAAGGAAGUGAAACAGCCCGAAGAACAUUCCGUACGGAAAUGGGAGCCAAGCAUCGAUGGGUACUUGAAAUUCCUUGUGGAUAGUAAGCUGGUUUAUGAUACUCUUGAAUCUAUCAUUGACAAGGCUGCUUUUCCUAUCUAUGCUGAAUUCCGAAAUACCGGAUUGGAAAGGUCUGAAAAACUGGCAAAAGAUUUACAGUGGUUCGAAGAGCAAGGUUAUGCCAUUCCCAAACCAUCUUCUCCCGGUAUUACCUAUGCUGAGUAUCUUAAAGAAAUAUCCGACAAGGAUCCUCAAGCGUUCAUAUGCCAUUUCUACAACACGUAUUUUGCCCACUCAGCUGGUGGUCGGAUGAUUGGAAAGAAGGUAGCUCAGCAGAUACUUAACAACAGGGAGUUGGAAUUUUAUAAAUGGGACGGUGACCUUUCUCAACUGUUACAGAAUGUCCGGGAUAAGCUGAAUAAAGUAGCUGAGAGCUGGACUAGAGACGAGAAGAACCAUUGUUUGGAAGAAACGGAGAAAUCUUUCAAGCAUUCAGGGGAGAUCCUUCGACUGAUAUUGUCUUAAUGUUCGUAACCACAUGGUUGUUCUUGUUGUUUGUAAGUAUGGGCGUAAGCCAAUGUAAGUUAACUCUGGGUCAAACCCUGCAUAUAUCAUCAUUUGGUUCAAGAACAAGAUGACUAUCCAUUGUGUCUAUCACAAUUUGAAUGAAGUUACAAAAGAAUGAAUCUUUGGCUAA